AUGGUUUUGGUGAAUCUUGAGUUCCAUAAGACAGCGUGGAUGUUGCAUUUGUGUCAUCUUAUCCAGGAGGCUGCCUUAUAUAUCUCUACAGUCAUUGAGAAAGGUGGUGGCCAGUUAAGCCGGAUCUUUAUGUUUGAGAAAGGCUGCAUGUUCCUCUGUGUUUUCGGCCUUCCUGGAGAUAAGAAGCCAGAUGAAUGUGCACAUGCCCUGGAGAGCUCCUUCAGYAUCUUCAGCUUCUGCUGGGAGAAUCUUGCUGAGACCAAAACAGAGGAAGAGUUCCUAGAGCGAGUGAACAGGAAGCUGGCUCAGACCAGCCCCAAGAAAGACCUGUUGACCACAAAGCCCUGCCACUGUGAGGAAAUCCUGAAACUAGUGCUCUCACCACUCACCCAGCACUGCUUGGUCGUUGGAGAAACCAACUGUGCAUUUUAUUACCUGCUGGAGGCUGCUGCUGCCUCCUUGGACCUGUCUGAUAAUUACAUGGCUUUCUUUUAUUUAAGGAAGGCAAGCAGUCUUCUGGGCCAACCCUCAGCAUUCUYGUUCUUGAAAAAGCACAAAGUGAAGAUUUGUCAGUUUGAGGAGGCCACUUUCUGCAGGCUUCGGUCAGAGGUCUGUUUCAAGAUGGGACAGAUCACCUUGGCCAAAAAAUUAGCUAGGCAAGCCCUUCGACUGCUGAAAAGGAAUUUCCCUUGGACCUGGAUUGGUGUCUUUUUCCAAACAUUUCUGGAAAAGUAUUGGUAUUCCUGUUUCCUGAGCCAGUCUCCAAAUAAUCCCAGUGAGAAUAAGAAGAAGCUGGCAGUUCUACAGCAACGGGUACAUUGCCUCUCCUUGCUCUGGCAACUCUAUAACCUGGAGGCCACAGCCAGUAGCCGCAGGUUUGCCUGCCUGGCCACUCUCAUGCAGAAAAAUUCAGCUGAGGAGUUUGCAAAUGAAGCCCAGGUUGUCUCUACCUACGUGGACCUCUCCCAGUUCUCCCAGAACAUGGGCGAUAGGGAGAAGUGGCUGCACUGUGAACAGAUAGCCAUUCAGAAGAGUAGCCUGUGUUGGUUCUCCAGGGAAGGAUUAUUGGCUACAGCCCAGCUCAUGCAGGCCUUGGCCUACACCAAGCUCUGCCUUGGCCAUCUUGACUUCUCCAUCAAGCUGGAUAUGAUCUGUGUGUCCAUGUGCUGGAGAGUCAGUGGGCGCUCAUUUCCCAGGGUCAUGAUGUCCUCGGCCUGGCCUGCUUCUACUCUGCUUGCUUAGAUCUGCUGUUGUAUGGAAAAGGAUUGCUGUGUCGGCCCUUUGGCGAGUGUCUGURUUUCAUUCAACACUAUGGGCACAGCUGUGUUCUAACUUCUCAAAGCAAUGUCAUGCUGGGGGUCCAUUCCUCCCUGGCCAUGUG